AUGUUGUACGUUCAACAAUUUCAACAUGAUCGUCAAAAUCAUUCAAAUGAAUAUCAACGUCUUCAUUCAAAAGCUAAUCGAAAUUUUUUACUUUGUAGUAAUAAAUAUGCUGAAAAAUUAACACAAUUAUCUCGAUCAACAACUCGACCAUCAACACCAAAUAUUGGUCAUGAACGUACACGUACAUUACUUAUAUUAACACGAAUAUCAUCAUUAGCAUCUCUUAACAAUACCAAUAACAAUGAUUUGUCCAUUUUGAAUAUUGUAAGUGAAAAAUUCGAUUUUUUAAAACAUAGUUACUAA